UCCGCCCCCCGCGCCAGAGGCACCGCCGCCGCCACCGCAGCCGGGUCCAUGCCCGCUGGAGCCCCCGGCUGCCGCCGCCCGCACCCCCGGCAUGGACGUUCGGUUUUACCCCUCCGCACCCACCGCCGUGGGCUCCCUGCCUGGCGCCGACCCCACUUGCCUCGGGCCGCUGGAUUAUUAUCACUGCAACAAGUUUGAUGGGGAGAACAUGUACAUGGGAAUGAACGACAACGCGCAGGAGUUUCUAUCGGCAAAUCAGACAUAUAACAGUCAGAAUGAGAACAAUGAAGACUACGAGAUCCCUCCUAUAACGCCUCCCAAUCUCCCUGACCCUUCCCUCCUGCACUUGGUGGACCAUGAAACUGGGUAUCACUCCCUGUGCCACAGCCUCCCUUCGAACAGCCUGAUACCAGCGUACCCCUACCAGAACAUGGACCUGCCGGCCAUCAUGGUCUCCAACAUGUUGAGUCAGGAUGGACAUCUUCUCUCCAGCCAGCUGCCCACGAUCCAGGAGAUGGUCCACUCAGACGCCACAUCCUAUGAGUCCAACCGUCAAGUGCCCCUGAUCAAUCGGCCUGGGAUGUUGGCUGGCCCCAUGAGCGCUCUCAGCCAGUCCCAGCUCAUUUCUCAGAUGGGGAUACGGAGCGGGGUAACCCACGGGUCCCCAUCACCCCCGGGAAGUAAGUCUGCUACACCAUCUCCCUCCAGUUCUACUCAGGAAGAGGAGACAGAGUCACAUUAUAAGGUUACUGGGGAGAAAAGACCAUCAACGGACCUGGGCAAAAAGCCCAAAAGCCAAAAGAAGAAGAAAAAGAAGGACCCCAACGAGCCCCAGAAGCCUGUGUCAGCCUAUGCCCUGUUUUUCAGAGACACACAAGCAGCCAUCAAAGGGCAAAACCCCAAUGCCACCUUUGGAGAUGUAUCAAAAAUCGUUGCGUCGAUGUGGGACAGUUUGGGAGAAGAACAAAAACAAGCAUACAAGAGGAAAACAGAAGCCGCCAAGAAGGAGUACCUGAAAGCGCUGGCAGCGUACCGGGCCAGCCUCGUCUCCAAGAGCUCUGCUGACCAGGGGGAGACGAAAAAUGCCCAGAGCAAUCCACCUUCCAAAAUGAUCCCCCCCAAGCAGCCCAUGUAUCCGAUGCCCCCGCAGGCUUCCUCACCCUACCCUGGCCUGGGUUCAUUCCUGUCCCCAUCGGACCUGCAGAACUACCGUGGCCACCCGCACCCCGGCCUCUCCCGGCCCCUAAGCUCCAAGCCCAUGCUGCCCAGCAUCAGUGCCUCCCCACCACCCUCCUUCCAGAUCAGCCCCCCCCUCCACCAGCAGCUCUCCUUGCACCACCCGCAGAGCUCCCUCCUCAGCCAGCCCCUCAGCAUGCAGCAGGUCCCCCAGCAGCCCCUCCUGUCCCCCCCCAUGGCACUACAGGUACAGCCCCCCAUGAACGCCUCGCCUCCCGGGCAGCAGGACUUCUCACAUAUUUCAUCUGAGUUUCAAAACAGUGUUGGACCCCGUUCGCCUGGUGCAUCAAACCCUCCCGGGAGCACUGAGUGGGACAACGACUACCCCAGCAGAGAGUGUGGGAUUAACCACUGCAGCAUGCUGCCAAGGGACAAGGCACUCUACCUCACCUAAAACUCAACAUCCCUUUCGAGGCAGCUCAGACGAAGGACACUUGAGAGGGUCUAUCCUACAGACUACCCGGAGUGGCAUCGAGCAAGUCGUACGGACCAGAGCGCUCCCACUGCACCUCGGCGCUGGCUUCAUUCCCAGGCUCUAAGAGCAGUUUUCUUCUCUUUCUUACUUUUGAACUCUAAACUCGACUUUCUGUGGAAACCCAAAACCUCAUAAAUCAUGGAGAACAAAAAAGAAAAAAUAGUAAAAAAAAAUAAAAA